CUACCCAGAGCUGAAGCCUGUGCAGUCUAUCAACGCCCAUCCAUCCAACUGCAUCUGUAUCAAGUUUGACCCCAUGGGGAAGUAUUUUGCCACAGGAAGCGCAGAUGCUUUGGUCAGCCUCUGGGAUGUAGAUGAGUUAGUGUGUGUUCGGUGCUUUUCCAGGCUGGAUUGGCCUGUGAGGACCCUCAGUUUUAGCCAUGAUGGGAAAAUGCUGGCAUCGGCAUCGGAAGAUCAUUUCAUCGACAUUGCUGAAGUAGAGACAGGAGACAAGCUGUGGGAGGUACAGUGUGAGUCCCCCACCUUCACCGUGGCUUGGCACCCCAAAAGGCCUCUGCUGGCAUUUGCCUGUGAUGACAAAGAUGGCAAAUAUGACAGCAGUCGGGAAGCUGGAACUGUGAAACUUUUUGGGCUUCCUAAUGAUUCCUGA